AUGCCAGACCGCCUCGCAGGACACCCGUCCCUCCAAAAGACCCGCGACACCAUCUCAAGAUGGGGACGAUGGUGCGGCUCCCAGAUAUCAGACUGGACUGCGUUAGCGAGAGAAGAACUCGAAGCAGAUCUGCGACGUAUCGUCACGUUCUUCUGUCCUUGCGUCACUUGCGGAAAGACGUGGCAUCGUCUCCACUACAAGGGCGAUAUGAGUGGCUAUGAGAUUGUCAACGUACCAUGCAUAGCCUACGGCUACUCAUUCCUCUGCUGCACCCCGCUCGCGCACGGCUUCCUCGUCUGCGUCCCCUUCGCAUGGCAAACCUAUCGGAUCCGCAAACUAGGCGACCUCGGCGGCACUUGUGUUGUCGACAUACUCAAGACAUGGUUUUGCACUUGCUGCUCGCUGAUCCAGAACGAGAAGGAAUCGAAGCUGUUGAUUGAAGGGCGUACAACGGGGUUUUGGGGUGGUGACGGCGCGGGUGCUGAGGGUGUUGUUGUGCAGCAACCAAGUGGGGGGUUGAGGGAGGUGAUGGUUAUGCCUAGGGUUGUUGGAGGAUGGGUGACUGGGCAGGAGGAAAGUGGAACAACCACAGUUGGGGAACGUGAGGCGGUUUCUGAGCCUGCUGGCGAGACAGUGGUUGGCUUUGAAGAGGGAGAAAAUGAUUCAGAGGGAGCCACUGAAGCACAACUACAAGUCGACGGAGCUACCGAUCAACGCACACGUCUCGAACCGCGUGUGCCAGUUGAUGCUUUCAGCGAACACAGUUCCCAUUCCGAAACGAGCGACGAGGUCACGGAGCACACCAUCGCAUCCGACGAGUCCAUCUCAGAUCAAACUAUGAGAGGAUGGCCUGCAACUCCACAGCGCAUCACACGUACGGAUCCUGCGCGAAUGGCUCAACUUGAGAUACCCAGUUACCUGGACAAGUCCGGGAAUGAUUCGGAUCCGGACUUGGCUAGCGAGCACACCUGUAACAACGAUGAAGCGGUAAUGGCAGAAUAA